AACCCUACUGAAAGCACUUGAGUUGUGUCGUUCUAUCUUGGUCAGCGGCGCUCUCUCAACGCUUCUCCCUGCAGAGGUGCCGGCAAUUGCAGCAAUGGCGACAGCGAGAACUGUGAAAGACGUUUCUCCUCACGAGUUCGUGAAGGCAUACUCUGCUCACCUUAAGCGUUCUGGAAAGAUGGAACUUCCGGAGUGGACUGAUAUUGUGAAGACUGGUAGGUUGAAAGAACUUGCUCCAUAUGACCCUGAUUGGUAUUACAUCAGAGCUGCUUCCAUGGCUAGGAAGAUUUACUUGAGGGGUGGCCUUGGAGUUGGUGCCUUCCAAAGGAUUUAUGGAUCAAACAAGAGAAAUGGAAGCUGCCCGCGCCACUUCUGCAAGAGCAGUGGUGCUAUUGCCCGCCACAUUUUGCAACAAUUGCAGACAAUGAGUAUCAUUGAAGUUGAUCCAAGAGGUGGAAGGAGGAUAACAUCCAGCGGCCAACGCGAUCUUGAUCAAGUUGCUGGCCGAAUUGUUGUUGUUGCACCUUGAAGGACAGUAGUGAUUGCACUGCAGAAGAAAAGAUAUAUGUGAUGUUUGAACUACUGUUAUAAUUAGUUUGUUCCAGAGAUGUUACUUCCAAAAUUUUGAGACAAUUCUUACUUUCAAAUACUUGGGUAGCUUCCUUGUGUUUCAUCCAAAUUGUUUGUGUUAAGUUUGAAUAUUAAUCUUAUCAAAUUCUGAGAAUUGACUUUGUUAUAUCAUUUAUGCCUUUUACA